AUGAAGGAAACGCCGGCGGCAGCGACGAUCGACUCCAAGUCGUGUAAAAGAAACAACGAAACGGCGACRGACGGGAUGUUGGACACCACGGACAGGAAGAAGCCAACCGUGGGUUCCCGUCGUCGGAUAACCGCGUCGYCAUCCGGUGGACGGCCGUCGUGUACCACGGUGACAGUCCUGUCCGUGGUGGCCGUUGCUUGUUUCAUGGCGGUCGUCGACUUACAACACGCGACUGCCGUUUGUCAACAUUGGCUGUCGACGCUGUUUCAGUCGGCUGCCGAUCAACAGAGACCUAUUAAAUUAGUAAAAGAGGUGUUACCAUUGGGUAUCUUCCUCAUCAUGUUAUUCAUGUCAUUUUGUUCUAUGUUAAUACAUCAAAUUUGCUCAUUCUACGCGUACACAGGACGACCAGUAGUGGUUGUUGAAAAUUCCAACGCCGAGAGGUCGGCCGAUUUUGGAUUUAAACUUUUCAAAAACUUGUCCGAUUCCAAACUUUUAACGCCAUGCCAGUUUUUCCCGUACAAAACCGAAUUCACCACGCUCGAGGAAGCUCUGAAUAUGGACGACCAACGGGCAGCGAUGGCACCCGGAUAUGCGCCGUGGUACAUUGGAUGGAGCAAUUGUGAACGUAAAUCAAUAAACCGUUUGAAGGAACACAUAUCUCUACCGAGUUUCUUGCCAAAGCUGUCAGACAGGAAGCAAACUCUUUGGAUUUUUAUGGGCACACCGGGACACGGAGCACCGAUGCACAUCGACAAAGUGGCAUUUCCAUCAUGGCAGACGCAAAUCAGUGGAUACAAAAAAUGGACAUUGCGCACACCGGUCGAAUGUUUUUUUAAAUGCAAACGAAUGUUCGAAGUGUUCAUCGAACCUGGUUCAACGAUUGUACUAGAUACAAAUAUUUGGUACCAUGAAACACAAACUAUUGGUCAAGAUAUCAGCAUAACUGUUGGCGGUGAAUAUGAUUGAGAUACAAGACAUAAUCCAAGAAUAUAGUAGGUACUUAAAUAUUAUAAAUCAUUAAUACUAGAAUUUCAAUGGCUUUUUUUAUUAUUUUAAAUUAACAUACACCAGCCACAUGUAUAWGAAAUUCGACAAUUUUACUAUUUUAAUUUUUAACAUAACUAUUCGUCUACUGUAAACAUUUGAUUUAUAAAAAUUAAAUUAUUAUAUAUAAUCAAAAGCAUAUUAUUUUAAUAAUGGAUAUUUACCCUGUGGUCGCAAUACAUCUAAAAAACAUAAUAUCAUAACAAUUGAAACAUUGAAAGUUAAUUUAGAAAGUCAGGUUGAAAAUACAAUACAAUUGUAUYGUUAUAUAUGACAAAAACCCUGGUUUUUUAUUAUUUGUAUUUAUGUAUUUAUGUGUACAAGUAAUACUGAGUAGAUAUUAUUUGGCUUUCUAGACAAAAUAUUGUAAAAGAAUACUCCAGAGGUCAGUUACGUAACAUGAGCACAUCUGUUAUUUUAUAUCAUGUUAUUGCUAAAAUUCAUAAGUAUAACUUAUAAACAAUUAAGUUUACUAAACUAUGCUUGAUUAAAAUAACCAAGCAGAAUUUAAAUUAAAUUUUAAGUAAAAAAAAUUUUUUUGAAUAAACAAACAAAUACAAAACAAAUUUAUAACACAAG